AUGUCACUAGUAGCCACUGCGCAGGCACUCAAUCUGCAGAUACCAUUUCUUCCCUCCCAUAAACCAAUAAAUACCCUAAAGCUAAAGACAAUAUACCACCAUGCCUCUGCCCAUGGACCCAUCCCCAAUCUCUUUCGCAAAAUAGACAUCCAUAGCAGCAACGACAUCACCGCCAACCAAGCACAAGAUGCUACCUACACUUUGCAAGGCACAUUUUCAGUCAUGGAUAAGCCCAUCACUGCGGAUAUACAGGAUCUCGUAUCGCAGCGAGAAUACGGCACAUUGGCGAGAUGGAACAACCGUAUCAGACCCAUGCACCUAGAAUCCACCAUUGGUCUCGUACCUGAUGUAACGCACAGACCCUCCGUCUUGGCACUAGCCAUGAUGACGAAUAAUGCAUACCUGGACAUCAAUCUGAACAACACGGAAUGGUAUGAUCUUGGCGCACCCUGGCAACUGAACAACUCGUUUGGAUGGGAAUCAGAUGGUAUUCGGGGUCACAUUUUUGCGGAUGAAGACGAUAAAUUGAUCGUCCUCAGUAUCAAGGGAACAAGCGCAGGCUUAUGGAGUGGAGGACCCACAGGCGAAAAAGACAAGAUCAACGACAAUAUGCUGUUUUCUUGCUGUUGUGCUCGAAUCAGUCGUGCCUGGUCUCCUGUGUGCGACUGCUACAAGGGAAAUGAAUACAAGUGCGAGAACAGCUGCUUGCAAAACAACAUUCAAAAGUCAGAGCUAUACUACGACAAUGCGCUGAACAUCAUUGAGGAUGUGCAGGAACAGUACAAGAAUAGCACGAUAUGGAUUACAGGCCAUUCUUUGGGCGGUGCCGUGGCUAGUUUGGUGGGUUUGACCUAUGGCAUUCCUACAGUGACCUUUGAGAUACCUGGCGAUCGACUGGCAUCAUCGAGAUUGCAUCUGCCUAGUGGCAGUGUUGCCAAGAAUAUGCCUCUGUGGCACUUUGGCCACACAGCUGAUCCUAUUUUUGUCGGUGUGUGCACAGGGCCUUCCAGUAGCUGCUGGUAUGGAGGAUUCGCCAUGGAAUCUCGUUGUCAUACGGGCAAGGUGUGUGUAUGGGAUACAGUGAACGAUAAUGGCUGGAGAGUCGAUAUCAGAUCGCAUCGAGUGCGAGAUGUAAUUGAGAAUAUACUGAAAAAGCCAGAGGAAUUUCCUUUGCCCAACUGCGUGCCGGAAGAGAAUUGCCAAGAUUGUGGAUUAUGGGAGUAUUAUGAUGACAGAGACAAUCUCAGUAGCAGCAGUGAUGGUGGUUCUGCUACCAGCACUACAAGCACAAAGACCAGCACAAGUCAUGCGCCAGAUCCACCUACUGAUCCUUGGACAAGCACAGAUGAAAUUUCCUGA